AUGCGGCUCUGGGUGCUGCUCAGCCUGCUGCUGCUGCAGGAAACACUGCUACACGUUACUGGACAGCCUGCAAAGAGUAAGCGUCCAAAAGAACCUGGGGAAAGCAAAAUUAGGCUUGUUAACAAAAAAGUGAAACCUAAACACCCCAAAAUGAAGGAGAGAGAAUCUGUUGACUCAUCUUUGAAGUCCCAGUCCAUACUGACACAGGUGAUGGAUAAAGGUCGUUUCCAGAAACUAGCUGCCACUUUAAGCCUGUCUGCAGGACAAAGCCUAGAACUGCGAUGUAAGGGGAAUAAUGUCACUUGGAGCUACCCUUCCUACUUAGACACCUUUAAAGACUCCAGACUCAGUAUAAAGCAACUUGACAAGUACAGUCAGCUGAUCUUGGCAAACUCCACUGCAGCAGAUACAGGUGAAUAUAGCUGCUGGCUUCAGCUGUGCAACGCUAAAAAAUGCAGGAAAGAUGAGACUAAAACAGGUUCAACGUACAUCUUUUUCACAGAUAAAGAGGAACUUUUUGUACCUACUCCCAGUUAUUUUGAGAUUGUCUAUCUGAACCCAGAUAAACCUGCAGUCAUCCCAUGCCGUGUUACUACUCCUUCAGCAAAAGUUACUCUACACAGGGAAUUUCCAGCAGAAGAAAUUGAAACCGAUGGAACUGAUAUCAUCUAUGAUAUGAAGAAGGGUUUUGUCUACCAGCACCCUACUUUUGAUCAUAAAGGUAUUGUCUACUGCAAAGCAGAGUCGCAGGGAGCACCUCAGAUUUCCAUCAAGUAUCAUCUCCUGUAUGUGGAAGUUCCCAAGGGCCCACCUUCAACCACAAUUGAGGCAUCAUCCAAUAGAGCAGAAGUCAGUGACAGUGUUCAUGUGACCUGCACAGUCCUUGGGGAACCAGAUGUAGAUGUGAACUUCAGGUGGCAGUACCCAGGGCAAGAGUCUGAGAGGCCUGUGAUUAUCCAAAACUUCUGGAGACUGAUCAACAGAGGAACUAGCCAUACCACAAGAAUUUCAAAGAGCGUUCUUCUUGUUGAGGAUUUUGAAGCUGAAGAUGCUGGAAACUACAUUUGUACAGCUCAGAACCUACAUGGAGAAACAGCAGUGGCUACUAAAGUUGAACUAAAUUGA